UUCUCGCAUGUGUGCAAAAGCCGCGGUCGGCCCACUGAACGCUCCCAUCGUCACCGUGACAACGAACGCAGUAGUGCUGCAACGGUUGCUUCGAUACGAUCGCGUCCGAGUGAGAAAUAAGCUGUCAGAAUGAUCAAAACAGGAAUGGGAUCAAUUGUGCCGCGAUUCCUCCGUCAGCAGACGGUGGCGGUACCCUCCGCAGUGGUGUCGGUGAAAAAUUAUGCAACCGAAGCGACAUUCGAGACGAAGCCGUUCAAGCUGCACAACCUUAAGGAGGGCCCACCUACGAAGGGCAAGGUUACGAAGGAGGAAGCCGUUGGAUAUUACCGGCAAAUGCAAACAAUCCGCCGACUCGAGACGUCCGCCGGCAAUCUCUACAAGGAGAAGCUGGUUCGCGGCUUUUGCCACCUGUACUCGGGACAGGAAGCGUGUGCGGUUGGUAUGAAAGGCGCCAUGCGCUCGCAGGAUAACAUCAUCUCCGCUUACCGCGUGCACGGGUGGACCUACCUGAUGGGUGUUUCUCCGCUUGGUGUGCUGUCGGAGUUGUCCGGCAAGCAAGGUGGUUGUGCGCGUGGUAAGGGCGGCUCGAUGCAUAUGUACGCGCCCAACUUCUACGGUGGCAACGGAAUUGUGGGAGCACAGGUUCCGCUCGGGGCAGGUGUUGCGUUGGCCUGCAAGUACAAGGGAAAUGGAGGCGUUUGCUUGGCCCUUUAUGGUGACGGUGCUGCCAAUCAGGGUCAGAUUUUUGAGGCAUACAACAUGGCACAUCUGUGGAAACUGCCGUGUAUUUUUGUGUGCGAGAACAACGGCUACGGCAUGGGCACGAGCGCGGAACGUGGUUCUUGCAACGUCAACUACUACCAGCGCGGAGACGUGCUGCCUGGUAUUUGGGUAGAUGGUAUGGAUGUCGUUGCGGUGCGUCUCGCUACCGAGUUUGCCAUUAACCACGUGCUAAACAUUGGCCCGGUGGUGAUGGAAGUCUUCACCUACCGCUACUCUGGACACUCCAUGUCCGACCCGGGCACAAGCUACCGGUCGCGCGAGGAAGUACAAGAAGUUCGUCAGACGCGGGACCCUAUCUCUUCGUUUAAGGAAAAGAUCCUUGCCGCCGGGCUGGUAACGGCGGACGAGCUGAAGGCGAUGGACAACGAAAUUAAAAAGGAAGUAGAUGAAGCGACAAAACAAGCUAAAGCGGAUGCAGAAAUCGGUUUACCGGAACUCACUACCGAUGUAUAUGCCUCCAAUUUGGAAGGAGAUAUCCGCGGUUGUAUGCCCGGAUCGUGGCUCAAGCAUGGCACAUUGAAGCGUGCCGUUAACCUAUAAAGCGAUAGAUUAAUUCGAUUCAUACGAUAACAUCAAGUGACCUUAACCGUGUAUCACUAAAUACAGUAGACACACACCUCAAAGU